AAACAGUUCUAUUAUGUUAAUAACACGUCCUAACACAUGAAUCGAGAUGGGGCAGAGGUGUAACUGCGCACCCAGCGCAGCAGCUUCUUUUACAGGUAGACUCAAUUAGCGCCUGCUUCCUUGAAAGUCAAUCUUAAUGGACAGAGAAUGGGUAGAAGGUGCCUUUCUUGGUACAUCAGCAUACCUUCGGCGGCCUUGGCAACAUCUGUGUCAACUGAAAGAAAUGUAAUGGCAUCUUUUGUGGUAUAAAAGAUCUGAUUUCAAAUUUUUUUGUCAUGCUCCGUACGCAUUAAUCAGAGUGGUCAGUUUUCACACGGAGGUAAAUGGCCUCUUAACCACCAGAAGUAUGUUAAUCCAUGGUGACCACUUUUCCCUUGGGGACACGGAGGAAGUGCACCAUUGGCAUGACCUGCCCCCUUCUACUGGAGUGACAGAGGGGCCCAUUCCUUUCACAGGAUCCCUACUAUCAACAGAGACACCACCCACAAAUGGCAGCAACUCCACAGAUUGCAGUGAAGACAUUCUGUUAUAUGGUGAAGUGGAAAAAGUAAUCAUUGGCAUUGUCUUGUCUGUCAUCACUUUGACCACCAUUGGUGGGAACUCACUGGUUAUCAUCUCUGUGUGCAUUGUCAAAAAACUCCGCCAGCCAUCCAACUACCUGGUGGUAUCCCUGGCAGCCGCUGACCUCUCCGUUGCCCUGGCAGUCAUGCCCUUUGUCAUUAUCACUGACCUGGUGGGCGGGGAAUGGCUUUUUGGGAAGUUCUUUUGCAAUGUCUUCAUCGCCAUGGAUGUUAUGUGCUGCACUGCUUCCAUUAUGACCUUGUGUGUCAUAAGUGUGGACAGGUACCUGGGAAUCACCCGACCCUUGACAUAUCCAGCACGACAGAAUGGCAAAUUGAUGGCAAAGAUGGUAUUUAUUGUUUGGCUUCUGUCAGCUUCUAUCACUCUACCGCCCCUUUUUGGCUGGGCCACCAAUGUCACAGAACAGCACGUGUGCCUCAUUAGUCAGGACUUUGGCUACACUGUCUACUCUACUGCUGUGGCCUUCUACAUUCCCAUGACUGUAAUGCUCAUCAUGUAUUAUCGGAUCUACAAGGCUGCCAAGAUUAGCGCAGAGAAGCACAAGUUCAUGUGCCUCCCCAGGCAGUUUGACCAUGAAGUAUACAGUAUGGAUCGAGAAGUGAGAGCGAGGCAUCACAGAAGGCUGUCUCGCAGGGACCGAGUGCUUGAGGAGUGUGCCACCUUGUCCAAGCUUCUUCGGCAUGACAGGAGGAAUAUUUCUAUUUUCAAACGGGAACAAAAAGCUGCCCGCACCCUAGGAAUCAUCGUGGGUGCUUUCACUUUUUGUUGGCUUCCUUUCUUUCUUCUUUCCACUGCUCGACCCUUUAUCUGUGGCAUCGCAUAUAGUUGUAUGCCUUUGAGGUUGGAACGGACCCUGUUGUGGUUGGGCUAUGCCAAUUCUCUCAUCAACCCACUCAUUUAUGCCUUCUUCAAUCGAGAUCUCAGGACUACCUUUUGGAAUCUUCUCAGAUGUAGAUACCGGAACAUCAAUAGGAGACUGUCAGCUGCCAGUAUGCAUGAAGCACUGAAAGCAAAAGAACGACAGGAAGGCAUACUAUAAAACAAAAUUGACAAAGACGUCCAUUUUACCAGCCUGCCGGUGAAGAUAAGUACUGCUUAAUACUGUGAUCUUGCAGUUUAAGGUGCUCGAUCACCUACUAGUCUGUUUGUGGCUAAAUGAGGACCACACUUUAUUUCACCAGCCUUGCUCCUGCUGUAAAGCCUCAAAUAAUGGAGACUGGCUCAAUGACCAUCAUCUUGCCAAUUUCACAGACCUACUAAUCUCAUCCAAUUCUGCUGUCAUUAUUGGGAGAGGGAUUAGGACCAAAUUUAAACUAGUUGACCAAAGUCAUCAUGCCUUCCAUGCAUCACCAAUAGCUUUCCUCUUUCUUGUAAUUUAAGUUAAAAAAUGUGUUGUGAGCCAAAAUGAUCUGCUUUUUCUGUGGCCUGUGCUUACUCUGUAGUAAUAAAGUGUAUAUACAG